GAAAUGUAACUGCGGGGUUCGUGGGCUGAGAAACCAAAAAAGCAAGUAUGGACUGAAACCGGUCGCAGCGCCGACAAGAUCCACUGUUGAACAGGGGUCUAUAGAUUAACAUGCCCCCCACCAGGGACUACGCACAGAGUAUCCAAUACCCACGAUCCAAUAGACAGCACACUAGGGUCGGACCGGCCGGGGCUCUGAGUUUCCAGCUGUCGAUCGGUCGUACAAUGGAUGCAGGAUUUCAUAGCCCACAGGGUAUGUGCGCGUCAUGGUGACAGCAGAGGCAACUGGAGCUCCAGAACCUCCCCGCGGUCGCAUUCUACUUAAGCUCAAUGGUUUUCCUGGGCUGAGUAUGUGAAUCAUCUUCAGAGAUUGCCUUACACAGAACACACCGAGACUAUUUUCUCAAACGAACACAUGGAUUUGUUGAAGUCUCAAGUGACCCUUCCUAAGGUGACCCUGCCCGACCUGGGGCAGGCGACCUCCGGCACGGUGAAAGACUUCCGAGCCCUAAUCCAGAAUGAUCCUACCCUGCUCAAGAAUGCCACCGCAAUGUUCAUCCAGGCUGGAUCCGAUCCCCUGAACGUUACGCAGAACCUGGCCAACUUCCUGGUGAACCUGGACAAGAUCACGCGGACUGCUCCUGCCUACGACGCUUCUGCCGCUAGGAACUCCCUCGGAGGCAGCAUGGGGAUCCUGACCAACCUGCUGGAGCCCUAUCUUAAGACCCAGGCUGGGCAGGAAUUCUUCAAGGACGCGCGAGUCGACAAGGUUCUCCAAUCCCUGCUCAAGGAGUGGACAGUCUACCUGAAGUCCCCGGAGUCCGCCAGCGUCCUCACCGACGAAGACGGAGGAUGGUUCAACGACGCGGCCCUCCCUGAGGGGCGGGAUACCUUCUUCCGUCAGUACAAGUGUGAGCCUGAUGACAUCCACUACGGCUACCAGUCCUGGGACCAGUUCUUCACCCGCGAGUUCCGGGAGGGCGUGCGGCCCGUCGCGGGCCCGGACGACGACAAUGUCAUCACGGCCGCCUGCGAGUCGAUCAAGGUCGUCUUCGAGCCGGACGUCCAGCUCUCCGACACCUUCGACAUCAAGGGUCACAAGUACUCGCUCAGCAUGAUGUUCAACGACGAGAAUCUGGCCGAGAAGUUUGGCGGCGGACGGCUCUACCAGGGCUACCUGAGCGGGACGAACUACCACCGCUGGCACGCGCCCGUCUCCGGCACCGUCAUCUCGUCGCAUGUCAUCGCGGGCACGUACUUCCCCUCCGGGCCGAACGCAGCCUUCAACGCGUCUCCCUUCACGGGUGCGAUCGAGUACGAGGUCGGGGCGGCGCUGCACGAGGCCACCCGGUGCGUCAUCGUGCUCGAUAGCGGCAAGCUGGGCCCCGUCGCGUGCGUCUUCGCCGGCAUGCGGGAGCGCGGCUCCUGCGAGCCCACGGUGCAGGUCGGCGACGCUGUGAGCAAGGGCGAUCAACUUGGGAUGUUCCAUUUCGGCGGCAGCACGCAUUGUCUGAUUUUCGGUCCGCAAGUCAGGCUCUCCAUGGCGGAUCUUCCGUCCGAUCAGAAUGUCCCAGUGAACUCGCAGCUGUUUAUUGUAGCGUAGGAGGUCCGCGCGAGCUUCGUGUGCAACAGGAUCUUGGAGAAAGCUCGGGAAGACACAUUAUUUAUUGGAAUACUUACUUUCCGUUUGUUGGAGGGUUCUUUCGACGGCCAUGAAGCCAUUCUCUCGACCCGGUCUGUUUUUGUUCGAGAGUCCUCACUGUAGCAAAUUAUC